AUGGUUAUGCGCAGUGAUGCUGCAAAGGAUGUUCUGGCGCCGGUUAUUGAUGGCCUUCCCACAAAUGCGAACGCACGAAUCCUAUCUCAGCAAUUCUGUGGUUCCCUGGAGAUGCUCGAUAAUCUAAAGCUGAAUCCGAAAUACGCUACACCUGCUCGUUACCCGCGUGGUUUUCCAGAUGUGGUCGGCUAUUGGGCAGAAACACACAUAUUUGGCGGUGUUGUAGUAUUUGAUCGAGGACGUGAAGAAGGGGCAAGACGGGAUUUCCUUCAGUGCCACGGAGCAUAUAUCCCUCCUCCGCACCCCGACCUGUUGUUCCAGCUCUCCGAAAGCCAACUCCAAAGAUCCUGCCGACUUGGUUCCCAGGACGAGCAACAUGAGGAGCAGAUUACUGUUCCCUUUGUCCCUGAACCCGAAGCUAGGGAAAUCGACCACUAUCACGCUUUUAGGGACCUGAAUAUCUGCCGUGAUCGAUAUGAGCGGCGAAUAGACCCAGCUCCGCGUUGGGGACCUUGCGUGGAAAUCUAUAUGGCAAAUGCUAUGAGUAGCAAGCUAAGCUUUGACUACUCGAUUCACAGUGAGAAAGGCGGCAAGGAUUUUUGGCUGAUUGGCCGCUAUAAGCCUCCAUACGCCACCCCCAGUUCUUUGUCCUCGACGUCGUUUGCAGAAAAUCCAUAA